AUCUUCUGAUAUAUAAAAACCAUUUCGACUUGAAGCAAUUGUGACCUGGAAUCCACUCCGCAAUUUGUUGGGUGCGACCCCUCGGAACGACCAAAGUAGAUGGCAUCAGAGACCCAGUCCUCAAACCAGCCCUCGUCUUCUGCGAAAACGUCUGGAACUGGUCGUCGUCCGCAAAGUCCACCCUUCGACCCUCGAUUGCCAACAAAUGGUUCCGCGGUGAAGGUAAAGUGGAGCCGUCACGAUGGGAGAUGCAUCUUGCCGCAAGCCACAAGCGUUUCGAUACCAAUCAUUGCGACGACAUUCCCGUUGAAGCGGACACUCGACCAGCUUCCCGUCGAAAUCAUCAACAAUAUCCUUUCUUACCUCGUACAUCCCCGCUCCCGCCUCGCUGGUCGCACCGAGGCACUCAGCGCCUAUGACUCCCCAACUGAUCUUAAGCGGGCUGCAAGAGAGGCGUACAAUUCCGAUCGAGCCCGCGCUCCCGAUGUUGACCGCUGGGCUGUCGACUUGUUCUCGUGGGGUUCGGUUCAUCAUCCAUUCAAUGAUUUGGCACUGGCCUCCCGCCGCUUUCAUCAACUGGUGGAGAACUUCUGCGUGCAUCUGGUUCGGGCUAAUAACCGCUUCAAUCUUCCCUUUGACCUUAUGGAUGCACACCCGCAGAAGAAGUCGUACCCUGACCUGAGCAACAUUGUAUACAGAAGACUAUGGCUCCAAUAUGCCCCUCGCCGCUGCAUAUACUGUAAUAGACUUCUCUCCCUCUAUCCCCAUGAUCCACUUUUUGGUCUAAUGAUCGCAUGUCUGGAUUGCUUCUACGACCAAGUAUACACACUCGGCGAAGUCGAAGCUCAGUUCCACUUGUCAUGGAUGGAUCUCAUGAAAGCAGGCGUUCGUGCCACCCCACGCUUCUUCACCUGGCUGCUUCGCUGCGACGUUGAAGCACUUGCAUUACGUCUUUACGGUACCCGCGCAUUCCACAACACCAGCGGGUCGAUGAACGAAGUAUGCUCUAUAUGCACGAAGGCCGGCACUCUGCAACGGAUCAUGAGAAUGCGGAAUGGAAACGACAGCGAGGAUGACUAUGAGCAGGACGACGUCGACGCUUUUGAUUCCUGGAUCUUAAGAGACGACUACGACCAACACAGAGGUAGCAGACGAGGGAAGAAAACGCGCUGGGUCAAAUACUUGCAGUACUACAGCGAUGCUUACAACUAUCGUCCCGAAGAUAAUGUUCCAUGGGUAUAUGAGCUUACGGCCGAUUGGGUGCAAUAAGACGGAUCGAU